AUGGGCCUUUUCCUCGGCGAUCUCGGCCUUGAGGACCUCGAGGUCGGUGUCGCGACGGCCCGUGUCGACGUCGAUGUCCGUGGAUCUGAUGAAAAAGACGUACUCCUUUCUUUUCCAGAUGGCGUGGAAAGCGUAGAAGACAAUCACCACGGGCACCGUGAGGUACGCCUUGAAAAAGGCCGACGCGCUCGGGGACUCGCCGGUCGGGUACAGCGCCGUCCAGAACUGGGAAAUAAGCACCAGGACGUUGAGAACCACGCCUGUCAUGGAUCCCCAGACGCCGACCGCGCUCGUGAAGGUGAGCUCGUCGGUGCCCCUGCCGCGGACGGCGAGAGCUCUUCUGAAUCUGAUAUGGCACAGACAGAUGGACCACCACGUGAAGAUGGACGACAGCCCGGAAAGAGCCAUCAGCCAGUCGAAGAUGUCGGACUCCUUGGGCGACGCAGCCAGGAAGCAGAGCAGGCCGACGAGGAGCGUGCAGACGGUGCCGACGAGCGGUCUGCCGUUUCGGUCGAUGUAGCCAAAAAUCUUUGGCGCAAAGCCCUGCUCGGCGAGCGAGGCAAGCGUUCUGCUGCUGGCGUAGACCCCGGAGUUUCCGACAGAGAGUACGGCCACGAGCACAACAACGUUCAUGAUGCUUGGGAGCACCUUGAUGCCGUUGUCCUUGAUGGCGAUGACAAACGGCGAUGCCGCGGCGUCGGUCGACGCACCGAGCAGCCUGGGGUCGUUGUACGCGACCAGAAAGCCGACCAUUGUGAGCGAGCACAUGUAGAAGAGCGUGAUUCUCCAGAACACCUGUUUGGUAGCUCGGGGCAGGGUUUUUCUAGGGUCGGCGGCCUCGGCAGCGGUGAGGCCCGCCAGCUCGGUGCCGCUGAAACUGAACGCCCCGGUGACAAACACCGUGCACAGGCCCUUGAAGCCGUUGUUGAACGGUCCUGGGUGGUGCCAGUACCGAGCGCCGAUCACCUCGUGUUUAGGGCCUCCGCCGGAAACAAGCACGACCGACAGAAUAACAAAGCCCACCACGGCGAUGACCUUGAUCAGGGAGAACACGAACUCGGCCUCGCCGUAGCCCUUGACUCCGAAGAGGUUGAUCAUCACAAUCACCACGUAGAAGAUGGCCACCCACGCAGCAGAGUUGACACUCGAGUUCCAGAAUUUGAUUGUCAGCGAGGCAGCCACGAGCUCGAUCGGCAUGACGACGAUCCAUUGCAUGGCGUAGUUCCAGGCCAUUGCGAAGCCCCAGGAGGGAGAAAUAAACCUGGUAUUGUACUGCAGAAACGAGCCAGACACAGGAAACGUGACAGCCAGCUCGCCCAUGGCGUGGACGGUGCAGAAAAUAAGCACGCCGACAAUGAAGUAUGCGAUGAGAAGAGAGGCCGGGCCGCCUGA